ACGGCUCUCCAUCUGUCGUUUGGUGAACCCAUCCUCCUCGCUAUGGCUCCAACACUUGUGUUACUCACAAACUUGUGUUACUCCAUCAACUCUCUUCGAUUGCUUAAACCCAUUUACUCACAAUUUCAACAAAAUUCUCUCCUCUUCCACCAUUUUUCUUUUUUCUCUAUACCUUUCUUCCUCAACAAUCUUCUUCUUCUUCUUCAUACAUGCGGCAUUUUUUCUUCAUACCUUUCUUUCCUGCAUUUCUGGGAUCUAGAAGCUUUGCAUUCCUCAAUCCACCGUCGUCUUCUACAUUCUUCUCUCUCCUCUAGGUUUUCCAAUCCACAUGCCGAUGAUUCCUUCGGUAUCCUCACGCUACGCCCAGCUUCUGUAUACACUGUAACUGCUGGACGAUAACGACUUUCCGCGAGCUCCAGUACUGACGAUGAUUUUGAUGUCAACCUCCUUCAUGUUCAUCCUUGCUCUCCUCCAUUUGAUGCUUCUCUCUUUCCAAGUGGACUCAGUUUCUAUGAAUGUCCCAUUUGCUUCAUCUGAACGAGCUAAAAUGUUGUUACUUAAACCUUCUAAGCAAUCUCCGUCUCAAGGUCCUAUUCUGACUCCAAGACCAAAACUUCCUCAUUAUGACCAUCAUCACCACAGUGGGAAACCUUAUCCUGUGGUUCCAUCCCCUUAUAAAGACCCAGCAUGUAGCCAAAUCUGUACUGAUCCAUUCACUGCAACUCCUUUUGGUUCACCUUGUGGUUGUAUAUUUCCCAUGAAAGUCAGACUAGUACUGGGUGUAGCCCCUAUGGUUGUUUUUCCAGUCACUACUGAGUUAGAGAUUGAAGUUGCAUCUGGAACAUAUUUGAAGCAGAGCCAAGUGAGGAUAAUAGGUGUCAGUGCUGACAAUCAAAAUCAGUGGAGAACCAUUGUUGAUAUUGACUUGGUUCCACUUGGGGAAAAUUUUGAAAAUACCACUGCACUUCUGUUGUAUGAGAGGUUUUGCCACAAAAAAGUUCAUCUAAAUAGGAGCCUUUUUGGUGAUUAUUCAACAUUGUACGUUGCUUAUCCAGGUAUUCCAUCAGCACUGCCACCUGGAUAUCUAAUUGGGAGUAGUCCCCUGCCCAGUGAUACCGGUGGUUUUCUCCCAAUCACCGCUUCCCUCAUGCGUGAGCACGAGAAAUUGACUCUUAAAACCAUACUCAUUAUUUCUCUAUGUUCUGCUGUACUCUUUUUAGUUUUGGUUGGAGCAUUUUUCAUUUUUUUGAAAUGGUGGAAAAUUAGGAGCUCAUCAAGUGCUAUCAGCUCUUCACUCACAUCAUAUCUAAAUAAGAGAUCUGGCGUGGAAUUUAUAUUGUCAGGCAGAAUUAUGAGCUCAAGAUCUAUGUCCCUUGUGUCCACUAUUGCUGCUUCUAUUCUCUCCGUUAAAACAUUUUCCUUCUCUGAGCUUGAGAAAGCAACAGAUAGAUUCAGUUCUCAGAGAGUUUUGGGAGAAGGAGGAUUUGGGCGUGUUUAUUCUGGGACAUUGGAUGAUGGAAAUGAAGUUGCAGUUAAGCUGCUAACAAGGAAUGAUCAGAAUAGAGACCGUGAAUUUAUUACAGAAGUUGAGAUGCUAAGCCGUUUGCAUCAUCGUAAUCUUGUGAAACUCUUUGGUAUAUGCAUAGAAGGGAGAAAGCGUUGCUUGGUUUAUGAGUUUGUUUGCAAUGGCAGUGUUGAGUCUCAUUUGCAUGGUGAUGACAAGAAAAGCUGCCCUCUGGAUUGGGAAGCACGGAAAAGAAUUGCCAUUGGAUCUGCAAGAGGUUUGGCCUAUCUACACGAGGAUUCCAAUCCUCGUGUAAUUCACCGAGACUUUAAAGCUAGUAAUGUGUUGUUAGAAGAUGACUUUACCCCUAAGGUUUCUGAUUUUGGAUUAGCCAGAGAAGUGGGUGAAGGAAAUGGUCAUAUUUCUACAAGGGUCAUGGGUACUUUUGGGUAUGUUGCCCCAGAAUAUGCAAUGACAGGCCAUUUACUCGUUAAAAGUGAUGUUUAUAGUUAUGGUGUUGUAUUGCUUGAGCUUAUAACAGGCAGAAAAUCAGUGGACAUGUCUCAACCUGAAGGAGAGGAGAAUCUUGUAACGUGGGCUCGACCACUGUUGAGAUGCAGAGAAGGUUUAGAAAAGCUGGUGGAUCCAUUUUUGGCUGGAAAGUGUGACUUGGAUGAGAUGGCAAAGGUGGCUGCUAUUGCUUCCAUGUGCGUACACCCGGAGGUCACUCAAAGGCCUUUUAUGGGUGAAGUUGUGCAGGCUCUUAAAUUGAUCUACAACGACGACACCAACGAGAGUGAGAAGGAGUCUUUGUGGCAUGAAUCGGAUUUUGGAGGUGAGCUUGUGUUUUCUGAUAGCAGUUGGUUGGAUGGUGAAUGGGUAGCCCCGAGAUUAACUUAUGGACCAGAAUCUUCCCUCAUCACUAUGGAGUACAGUUCUGGUGUACUAGAAAUGGAAAAGGGAACAUCAAGCUUGAAUGCAGGUGAGACAUCUUUGCCAAUCAGGCACGGGAAUAGAUCAGGCCCCUUGAGAACAGCCCGGGGUAAGCCAUCCUUUGCUAAGCUUACUCGAAGUCGCAGUGAUCAUGUGGUUCCCUUCCAAGCGUGUUUGUAAUGAUGAAUUGAUGGUUACUUACUGGGUUUAGGUUUUAAUAAUAUUUAUCAAUGGUUAAUAGGUUAAGGUUUCACAAUUCUUGCGUUUCAGAAAUGUACAGUUUCAAACAAGUCCUCAAAUCCUUACAUUUUUAGAGUUAGACCAGGGAAGGAGAAAUUUCAGUUAUAAUUCUGAAUUGAUUUAAUUAUACAAGAUUUCAAACAGUUAAACUUAUUUCUUUGGAGAAAAAAGGCAAAAGGGAUUAAAAUUACUUGAUCUUAGACUUUAUUUAAAUGUUAUUUUAGUUUCAAUCUCAACUCAUACAGCAAGUA